AUGUCUGACUCUACAGACAAUAUUGAUCAUGAAAAAUCAUUUUCAUCAACAUCGGAUAAUUCAAUAUCUUUUAAACAAAAAACUGAAGAUAUUUUACAUUCAAUUGGAUUUCGUGCAAUGAUAUUUUUUCAAAUAUUAGCAUAUGGAUCAUAUUCUGUAUUAGUACAUUUAUGUGAAAAAGAUGGUGCUGUUGCAUUUUCAUCAACAACAAUGAAUUUUAUUCUUGAAUUUGCUAAAUUAAUCUUUUCAUUUGGUGCUUUAUUUUAUUUUACAUCUAUUAAUAUAAAUAUUUAUCCAAGUAAAAUACAAAUUAUAUCUUGGUUUAGACAAUCAUUACCAUAUUCAAUACCAGGCAUUCUAUAUUUUAUUAAUAAUAAUUUAGCUGUACAUAUGCAAGUUCAAAUGGAUCCAGCAUCAUAUCAAAUUUUAUCAAACUUUAAAAUAUUAACAACAGCUAUUUUAUAUAGACUUAUUAUUAAACAUAAGCUAACAAGACAACAAUGGUUUGCACUUUCAUUACUGUUUUUUGGUGGAUUGGCUUACAGUUUUGGUACAUUGAAAAAUUCUUCAUUUGUUUCGAAAAAAAUAACAAGCAAUUCUAUCAUUAUUCCUCAAAUGUAUAUUCGUCCAUUGGGUAUACCUAUGAUUGCAAUUUAUUGCACAUUUAGUGGUUUAGCUGGUGUUUAUAAUGAAUGGAUUCUAAAAAAACAUUAUAGUGAAUCUCUUCAUCUUCAAAAUGUCUUUCUUUAUUCAUAUGGAACUAUUCUUAAUUUAUUUCCAGCUAUUUUAUCAGCUACAAUCAAAUCUCAAACACUAAAUUUUUUUAAUCCAUUUCAUGGAUUUUCAUUAUAUACAUGGUUAAUUGUAAUAACACAAGCAUUAAAUGGUUUAUUUAUGUCUGUUGUAAUAAAACAUUCAUCAAAUAUAAUUCGAUUAUUUGUUAUUUCAUUUUCUUUGAUUGUAACAUCUGUUUUAUCCUUAUUUAUUUUUCAUAUUAGCUUUAAUAUUUAUUUCUUUAUUUCAUUUAUAACAAUGAUUUGUUCUCUUUCACUUUAUUAUUCAAAUUAA